GGUAGAUUUGCCUUCUAGAAUCCUCAACACCCUCACUGUCGCUGACUGUCUAUCGUGAGUGCUCGUGACGAGAAUGCGCCUUCAAUUGUGACCAUGCAUUCGGCCACUCGGUGGACUUGGGGAUUAAUUGCGAUCGUUGCCCUUCAAACACCACCAGUACAGAGCGCGGUCGCACCCUUGAGUGUAACCCCUUCGACGAAUUGGUCAGUGGUUCCGGCCCCGAAAGCUAAGCUGCGAGAGCAUCGCGAGAUUUGCGGCCCCGUGAAUUGUUUGCUAACGCAGUGUACGACGAUAGGUACGGCUACGAUGGCUCAUGGUCCGCCAUAUCACUACGCGUGGGCACGCCGCAGCAAUGGGUUGAUGUAAUGGUCGACACCGUGAGCUCCGAGACGUGGUUGAUAGGCCCAGGAGGAUGUCCGAGAAACAGUGAGUCGCAUCUUUUUCUUUGUUGGUUGAAGCCCAGCGAGGAAGCGAGACUAGGAAAAGGGGGGUGAAGUUGUCCAAGCUGUCGUCAUAAGGUGGACGUUGGUGCGGAUAGAGUUACAGAAUAGAGUUCUGGGGGUGGAGUGUGCCAAUUUUCAAGCGACGGGAGGGUCCAGCAUUCCACAUCAAUCGCUAACUUCAUCUCUCCAGAUUCCAUAUGUAUUGCGGCUAGAGGAGAAAUAUACGACCUCAGGACCUCUUCGACAUGGCAAGAUCAGGGACGGUUCAAUUUGGGCGUGGACGCUCGGCUAGGAGGCAAAGGAUAUGCGGACUAUGGCCUGGAUGAUGUAACUUUUGAUCCAACAGGCGUCACUCUGAAAUCCACCAUUAUUGGCUCAAUAAAUACCACACAAUACCUGUUGGGAAUGUUUGGCUUGGGGAUCGUAGCUGGAAAGUUCCAGACAGUCACUUCGCUCCCAGCGAUAAGUGGAUUGGUCGAGAACGCCAGCGCGAUACCCAGCCACAGCUAUGGAUAUACUGCUGGGGCCAAAUAUCGUAAGUGAAUAGAUAUAAAAAAUCUUAUAAUUUUGUUUGGCCUGACUAACAAGAACAGAACAAAAAGGGGUCCCAACUUCCCUGACUCUUGGUGGCUAUGAUGCAAAUCGAAUACAACCCCACGAUAUCACAUUCAACCUCAACAUCCUUCAAAACCCACAAGUUUCCGUCAACUUUAUCUCAGUAACAUCAACCGCGAGCUCAAACAAUUGGACUACGCCUAUUCAAUUGGCAUCAGGCGCAGAUCGGAUCUCAGCUGUUAUUGACAGCUCUACACCGUAUCUAUGGCUACCACAAUCAGUUUGUGAUCGAUUUGCCCAGACUCUAGGAUUGUCAUUCAAUAGCUCCUUAGAUCUCUACACCUUCGAUGAAAACUCUGCUCAACAUGAUACACUGAUGAAUUCACAACUAAGCUUUACUUUCACACUUUCAGACGUUGGCACUUCACCGAUGAAUAUUAACAUCACACUUCCCUAUGCUGCGUUUGAUCUACAGCUUUCAGUCCCUUUCCCUGGGCUGAAUGCAACAUACGGAGCACCGGACUCGACAAAAUAUUAUUUCCCGAUAAAGCGAGCAACAAAUGAAGCUCAAUAUACCAUUGGAAGAGCUUUCCUACAAGAGGCAUAUGUCAUUACUGACUACGAGCGAAACACGUUUUCGGUUCAUCAAGCGAUCCAUACAACAAACCCUAUUUUGGGAACCAAUAUUAUCGCCAUUGACAGACCAAACAAUAGCACUUUCACUGGGCCAAAUAACAGCACAACUUCUCCUGAGGGAUCUUCAAAACCGACAAGAAAAAUGGCCAUCGGGGCUAUUGUUGGUAUAGUAGUUGGGGCCGCGGCAAUCAUUGCACUUUCCAUAUUACUCUUCUUCUGCCUCCGUCGCCGGAAGCUAAACCCAAAGCAGCCUUCUUCUGAAGAUGCAGACGAAAAACCAACAGACAUUGAACCGUCCUCGUUCCUAGGCCGUUUCCGCCGAAGACAUGAUGCACCACCACCUCCUCCGGGUGUAAAUGAAGCAGCAGGCAGCACAAAUUAUGCAACAGAAGUAGGAGCUGGUGCAGACCACGAAAGGUUUGAGCUUGCUGCUCCCUUGGGGCCAGCCGAGCUGGAUAGCGAAGCAGGAACUCUAUCUGGCACUACGGAAAACGGCUCUUCAACCACAGACACAAGUAACAUGUCUGCAUAUGAGCGAGCAAGACGGAAAUUGGAGCGUCAGCAAGGGUCAUAUCAUAACCCUAUACAUGAAGGCUAUCCCGUAGAGAAAUCGCAGCAAGAGGACAACUUAGCCGCGGAUCAUACAAGAUACCUUCAAACACCUACUUACUCGGAGGGCCACACUCCAUUGGUAUCACCCGUCCUAGAGUCACACAAAUCUUCAGCUCAGCCGUCGCCAGUAUCACCAAACUUCACGGGUACUGCAGCAGCUGGGAGGAUAGGAAGUGGCACACUCGGCACAGGAACAUUGGGCCCAACAAGUCCACCACCAACCUAUCGACGUCUAAGUCCCGGAAACAUCGUUUACGCCGGGCAGCUCUCAGACAACGUUCACUUACCCUUACUACCAAAUUCACCUUCUCACAACCUUUCUACGGAACAACAGACUCUUCUCACCUCACCCGGCGGAACAAUUAGCACCGACAGCACAUUCAGCACCCUAGGAAGCCACUACACCGAGCACGAAACCGUAUCCACAAACCCCAUCAGCGUCAGCGCUGUGAGCGACAUAUAUAAUAUUUCCAACCCCAACUAUUCCAACCGUCAACUCGACGUCUCAGUCUCCAGUCCAUCAUUAUACUACAACCCUCACUCAACACUACCUCACUCUCCAAUCUCUCCGUCUUCCAGUGACGCAUCUACGAGCCAAUUUGCGGGACAUCAAAGAUACGAGGAUCCUUCCAAGUUCUUGAGGGAGGACAUGAUUGCUCUGCGAGCGGACAUGCAGACGAGAGAGACGCUGGAUCCCUACACGGGACGGAAGAGAUUGAAGGGCGAGGAUUUGGUUCAUGUUCCUGUGCCGGCUGAGAACAGGUUCUCAUUUGAACAGGAGAGGUUUGGUGGGGAAGGUACAAGGUAGUUUUGUUGUCAAAGUAUCCCACAGAGUGGAGUUGAGCAAAAGCGAGACAAUAAUUGUGUUUUCGGUCACGGGUCUUGCACAAAAUUUAGCGUUGGCGUUUGGGGUUGAUCUUUGGAUGCUUAUUGUAAUUGUCCCUGAUUGUCUGGAGAUGGAUGGCUGUAAAUUUGCAUAUCUUUUCCUGUCCUUUCGUUUUUUGAAUGGUAAUGUUAUAUGGGCCCUAGAAGGGUUCUAGUGUGGGAAUGGUAUCAUAGCGUAUAUACAAAAUUUCGGCUCUCGUUUGAAGAGAUACAUAUUGAAUAUAUGGCGGUUAAUUAAAUUACUACAGUACUAGAAAAAAACUACUAAGAAGAUACUAUAUACCGU